AUGAGCAAUCCAAUGUACCAGUUUGAUGGGCAGACUAUCAGCACAAACAACAUGUCAAAUCCCGUUCUAGAAGAGAGUGUCUACUGCGAGCCAAUUAUUCCCUACGCAACAUCUGAAGAUUCUGAGAAGGAAAGUAGCGAUCUGGAGGAUUCAUGCAACAGGAGGUUCAGAAUGAGACCUCGUGACCUCGCGAGGCAGAGCAUUCCACUACCUCCUCAACCAUCAUCCGCCUCCAGCACUCUCGGUGGAAGGUCGAUGAUAUCACUGCUCAGCAAAUCAUCUUCUACAGACAUUCAUCGAUCCACACCGCCUCCGCCCUAUUAUCCAUCCAGAUUCUGGGACUCAAAAAAAGAUUUCAACAAAAUCGUCAUCCCGGACAUCGGGGCUUCAAACUAUUCUCUCAAGUCAUCCAAUCAGAGUUUGAAAAUUAAAAUUGAGCCUAGCUACAAAAACGAUAAUUUUUUGGAAAAUUCUUAUGUGCCCUCCUACAUCACUCCAUUAAGCGAUGAAGAAAUUUCAGAGAGUUUGAAGGAAAGCGGCAACAAAAAUGAUGAAGAAUCGUCAUAUUUAUUACCGAAGCCAGAAGAAAUCGAGAUGAAGACAAUAUCGUUGACAGAAGAAUCGAAAGAAGAGGAAGAGGCAGUUAAUGAUAAAUUAAUCGACGACUCUGUUUAA